AGCGCCGCUACACGGCGACGGGAGGAGGGCACGCGCGGCACGCGGCAGACGGCAGACGCAGCUCGAACCCGCCCGCGAUCGGAGGCUUCUUCCGCGUGUAUGAGAGGCGCAGCGCUUCGUCCCCUUUGUCCCCGCAGCGAGUCCAGACAGCGAGCAGCCAUGGACACCAGUACAGCCUCUGAAGAUAAACCUGUACAGCGCUCCAAGUCCUUCAGCUUCAACAUGCAGAGGGAGGUGUGCUCGUCCUGUGAGAAGACCGUCUACCCCAUGGAGAGACUGGUGGCGGACAAGCUCAUCUUCCACUCAUCCUGUUUCUGCUGCAAGCACUGCAACACCAAACUUAGCCUUGGCUCCUACGCGGCCCUGCAGGGUGAGUUCUACUGCAAGCCGCAUUACCAGCAGCUCUUCAAAAGCAAAGGGAACUACGAUGAGGGCUUCGGCCGCCGGCAGCACAAGGAACUGUGGGCCACCAAGGAACCUGAGACCAAAACGGCCUGAAAAUUCCCGUGUGGGUCACAUUCUUCCCCCAACCCCUCCAACACAGCACAUUGACAUCUUUUUCAGAACACACUGCUACCUUCCUCACAUUCCAAGCGCCACUGAACUUAAUGGAUCGUCUGGCGAUUUUAAACUUUGUUAAGGCAGGCCUAUUAAUGCUAGGUUUUGCUGUUAUUUUAAAGGUGCCUUUCUAAAAGGUUACUUUGUUUUGUAUUUUGUUAGGAUUCUGAUGCAUCAAAAACAUAUAAUAAGAAUAAUACUGGUUCACAAUCCCUUAUCCGGAAGCCUCGGUGCCAUGUUGUAUUUCGGAAUUCUGAAUUUUUCGGAUUUUAGGAAGGUAAAACGGUACACACACACACACACACACACACACACACACACACUUUCUGAACCGCUUGUCCCAUA